AACCAACUUCCCGUUUCCCUCCACAUUUCCUCUCCAUAACAACCAGGGAAAAAACCAACUAUUAUUCGUAAAUGGCAGUGGCUUCAGUCUCCUCCUUAUCCAUCAAUUCUCUUUGUAUUUCUUUUCCUUCUCCUUCAAAAGCUCCAUGUUACCAUCUGCAAUCAGUCUCAAAACGUUUCGGGGUCUUUUGCCAGAUAAAUAACCCAGACAUUAAAGCCCGACUUCGCGAUUGCUCCAACAAUAAGUUUCAAGUCACGGAUGCUAAGUUUAAGAGUUGGAAAGCCUUGGUUUCAACGGCAUUGGCAGCUGCAAUGGUUGCUUUUGCCUCUGAUAUGUCUGCCCUGGCUGAACUUAAUAAGUACGAGGCAGAAACUCGUGGUGAAUUUGGCAUUGGAUCGGCAGCCCAGUUUGGUUCUGCAGAUUUAAGGAAAGCAGUUCAUGUGAAUGAAAAUUUCAGAAGGGCAAACUUCACAGCUGCUGAUAUGAGGGAAUCUGAUUUUAGUGGUUCAACAUUCAAUGGUGCAUACCUUGAGAAAGCAGUUGCAUACAAGACAAAUUUCACAGGUGCUGAUCUGAGUGACACAUUGAUGGAUCGCAUGGUUCUCAAUGAGGCUAAUCUUACAAAUGCUGUGCUAGCAAGAUCUGUCCUCACCCGAAGUGAUCUCGGGGGUGCCUUGAUUGAAGGCGCUGAUUUCAGUGAUGCUGUUAUUGAUCUUCCUCAGAAGCAGGCUCUCUGCAAGUAUGCAAAUGGAAAAAAUCCAAUCACUGGGGUAAGCACAAGAGUAAGUUUAGGCUGUGGAAACAGUCGACGGAAUGCUUAUGGAAGCCCUUCUUCUCCUCUGUUGAGUGCUCCACCUCAAAAAUUGCUAGAUCGGGAUGGUUUUUGUGACAAAGAUACUGGACUUUGUGAAGCAAAAUAAUUUGCUUGGUAAUUAUACCAAAUGACAUCUCAUAGGUACCAUAUUGAUGGUGCGGGAUAAAGGAGUGUGAGAACAAAAUUAUACUAGUAUUAGCAUCUUCACCUCUCGAUAAACAGAAAGAUUAUCUUGACCAUAAUUUUUUUUUUCAAGCAUCAGGGAUCUAUGACCACUCUAAAUUUGAAAUUACUCUUCAGAAUUUAGGUUAUUGUUGCAAUGUACUAUAUAGAUGAGCAUAAAAAUGGUUUAGUGCUCUCUUCAAAACUGGGUUGUGAUUGAUUAAAGGAAAUUACCAAAAUCACCUUGCUUUUUAGGUGAUUUACACAGAUCCAAACAUGCCUGGCACUGAAUAAUA